UGUGUGUGUGUGUGUGUGUGUGUGUGUGUGUGUGUGUGUGUGUGUGUGUGUGUGUGUGUGUGUGUGUGUGUGUGUGCCGAUCAGCUCCUUCUCAUGGAGCACUUUACCGGGACAUGAACACACACCCAUCACCCAUCUCUCACUCCAGUUUAGCGCUCAUUUACUUUCCUUCCAUCGUUUGGGAUUAUUAGAUUUAUCCACGCGGACAGUGCGCUUGAGCUCAGAUAAGCAUGAGCAACAUCUACGAGUCAGCAGCCACCACACUGGGCCUCUUCAACAGUCCAUGUCUGACCAAAGUGGAGCUGCGUGUGGCCUGUAAAGGAAUCUCAGACAGAGAUGCCCUGUCAAAACCCGACCCCUGUGUGGUGUUAAAGAUGCAGUCCCAUGGACAGUGGUUUGAGGUGGACCGGACCGAGGUGAUUCGCAGUAGUAUCAGCCCUGUGUUUUCUAAGGUCUUCACAGUAGACUACUACUUUGAAGAGGUGCAGAGACUGCGCUUUGAGCUCCAUGAUAUCAGCAGCAACCACAAUGGCCUCAAGGAAGCAGACUUCCUGGGAUCCCUGGAGUGCACACUUGGACAGAUUGUGUCUCAGAGAAAAAUCUCUAAAGCGUUACUGAAGCAGGGCAACACAUCGGGCAAGUCUUCGAUAACGAUAACAGCAGAGGAAUUAUCUGGGAAUGAUGAUUAUGUGGAGCUUGCCUUCAGUGCCAAAAAGCUCGAUGACAAGGAUUUUUUUAGCAAAUCGGAUCCAUUUCUAGAAAUCUUCAGGGUCAAUGACGACGGUACUGGAUCAAUCGUGCACAGAACUGAGACCAUCAUGAAUAAUCUAAAUCCAGUGUGGAAGUCGUUCAAAGUGUCACUGAACACUCUCUGCAGUGGAGAUCAUGAGCGAGAGCUGAAGUGUACAGUGUGGGACUGGGACUCAAAUGGAAAACAUGACUUUAUUGGUGAAUUCCAGACUACCUUUAAAGAUUUGAAGACAGCUAUGGAUGGAAAACAGAUUCAGUGGGAAUGUAUCAAUCCUAAGUAUCAAGUGAAGAAGAAGAAUUACAGAAACUCUGGUGUGGUGAUGCUGACUCAGUGUAAGAUAAUAAAGAUGCACUCAUUUCUGGAUUAUAUAAUGGGAGGAUGUCAGAUCCAGUUUACGGUGGCGAUUGAUUUUACUGCUUCGAACGGUGACCCACGUAACAGCUGUUCCCUUCAUUACAUCCACCCGUACCAGCCCAACGAGUACCUCAAGGCCCUGGUGGCUGUGGGUGAGAUCUGCCAGGACUAUGACAGUGAUAAAAUGUUCCCAGCCUUUGGCUUUGGAGCUCAGAUCCCUCCAGACUUCAAAGUGUCUCAUGACUUUGCUGUAAACUUUGAUGAGGACAACCCAGAGUGUGCUGGCAUUCAAGGUGUUGUAGAAGCUUAUCAGAACUGUCUGCCUAAGAUCCAGCUCUAUGGCCCCACUAACAUUGCACCAAUCAUCCAGAAAGUAGCCAACUCUGCUUCUGAGGAGAUGCACACGAAGGAGGCCAUGGAGUAUUUCAUUCUGCUGAUCCUGACAGAUGGAGUUAUAACAGACAUGGCUGACACACGGGAGGCAAUUGUACACGCCUCCCACCUUCCCAUGUCUGUUAUCAUUGUGGGAAUAGGCAACGCAGACUUCAGUGACAUGCAGAUGCUGGAUGGUGACGACGGCAUUCUGCGCUCACCCAAAGGAGAACCCGUCCUCAGAGACAUUGUCCAGUUUGUGCCCUUCUGUAACUUCAAACAUGCUUCACCUGCAGCUCUGGCUAAAAGCGUCCUGGCUGAGGUGCCCAAUCAGGUGGUGGACUACUACAACAGCAAAGGCAUCAAGCCCAAAUGUCUGUCUGACUUUGAGUCUUCCAGAGCCUUCAGUCCUUAAAGAGCACACUGCUCCUCCUCAUCAUCAUCAUCCUCAUCCUCCUCAUCAUCAUUAUCAGUAGUAUUAUUAGAGACUAGUACAAAAGUAUAAUAACUGUUGUAAUUGUAUCUCUAUAUUUCCCACAGUUCUAAGCUUGUAAGAUAGAUGGAGUAUAAUUCAAUACAUGCUCAUGACUUCUGCCUGUACAGAAUGUGUUUAUUAUAUAUAUAAGACAUCAUUCAUGUGAUUUCCUUAUUCCUCAUUUCUCUUCUUGAUGAUUCAGAUUAUUCAGUUUUAGAUGGCAGUAGUCCUGAGUUACUCUAGAGAACACAGGUGAGGAUUACCCAGGUUCCUCAAGUCAUCAGGAACCAAAGGGCUACACAGUCCCACUGAAGGUGAUGUUCUACUGUUAGAUGGUAGCCAGUGGUUUUGUUGGAACAGGAAGUCAGCACCAUCAGCAUUUCCUGUUAUUAUCUGAUCAUGACUUCAUUUUGUUUAGAAUUUCUUAUUGCAUGUGUUUAAUAAAGAAACUCUGUGUACAGAAUGUAGAGAUUAACACAAGAUAUCAAUAAAUAUUUACAUAAAGCUCUGAAGACAGAUGUUCUAGACAUGUUUACAGGCGUGCUGACAUUUUUUCAACAGUUUUUAAUCUGAAAGUGAGUAGCUGAGAAUGCAAUAGAUUACAGAUUUUCCUCUCUUCUGUGGUUGUGUGUGUACGUGUGUGUAGGAAUGUGGAUGUGUGUGUGUGUGUGUAUGUAGGGAUGUGUAUGGAUGUGUGUGUGUGUGUGUGUGUGUGUGUGUGUGUGUGUGUGUGUGUGUGUG